AUGGUCAAACUAAAACACAGGUAUUUUCUAAUUGAAGUUAUUUUUGAAGAUAACUUUUCUCAAGCAACACAAUAUGAUAUAAUAAAAGAAAUAAAAGAUAAAGUUUUAGAAAUGUAUGGAGAUUAUGGAUUAGGUACAUUAAAUUCAACAUUUGGAGUAUCUGUUGCAGAAGUUGGUAAAGGAUUAAUUGUUAUUAAAGUUGGAGUUGAAUCAGUGAAUUUUCUUAGAGGUUCAAUUCCUUUUAUUGUAAAAGCUGGUAAAGCAUCAUGUAUUUUAAAAAUUUUAUUAGAGGCUGCUUCAAUGAGAUCAAUUAAUAAAAAGAUGGUUAGAAUUAAUUUGGAUCAACUUUAUGACAAACUUAGUAAUUCCAAAAGUAUCAAAGAAAAGAUUGAAAUACAAGAAGGGAUUAUUAAGGUAACAGGAACAAAUAGUGAAAGAGUUAGAUUUUAA